CACUUGGGUCAAAAGAUUUCUCCCGAAGUCGGCGAGAGCGUAUCCUGAAACAGUCCAUUUGUCUCUAGGCGACGGACUUAGAGGAAGAAGCAGCCGCGAUGAAAACAGUGAUACAUCCUCAUUAUGGCAUCUCGUGAACUUGAUGUUGGACGUUCUUAUGCGAGUGGGUCACAGAAAAGAAAAGAAAAUUCAAGAAGAAGAACAGAAAAAGAAAGAUGUAGGAAGCUGCAGAAAGAUCACAGACAUGCUCACGAAAACAGUUUCUGAUGUUACCAGUACAGUUGAAUCUGCAGAUACGUCAGAUCAUACAGGAAGCCCUCCCUCCAUUAUUUCUCAGCCAGCAUCUACUUCUUUUGUGUCUCCUCUCAAUGUCUCAAUGGACAUUUCAUCCACAGGAUUUGUCUUAAAAGAUCCUGCCUCAUGGCCAAAUGUAAUCCCAGAUUCUCUACGUAAUGCUUUCAUUGCAGAAAACUUCAAACUCUGAACAUUGACUUUAGGAAAUCAGCAAGGAUUUAUGAUGAUGGAAGUCGUCAUUGUUUAACCCUUUGACUGUUUCAGGCCCCUCUCUGAAACUGUCAUUCUAUGUCGCUCAAUUUUCAAAAAAAAAAAAAAAAAAAAUUUUUCUUAUGAAACGAUAGAGAAUCUUUUCCCGAUGGUAAUGACACCAAAAGUUCGAAAUUUGGUCGAAAACUCGUGGAAUUAUGCUCCCUCGAAGUUAGCGGUCUCGGCGACAUAUGUGUAUCGGCGAUUUCGCCGACUUUGAGCCCUAUUUUCAGCCAAUUCCAUUGUUCCAGUUGACCAAACUCAUAGCUAUUUCUUUAGAACUCCAUUUUAUCUAUCAGCUGAGUACAAGAAACCUCCCAUUUACUAAUUUGGACUACCCAAUAUGGUGGUCAGAAAUUGGCAAUUUGGCCAAUUUCACGCAAACUAAAAAGAUGUCAAUUUCAAAAUAGGGUCCAGAAUAAACAAGGUAGACAUUCGUGGCACUAAAAUAACAUAUGCUCUGUUCAUUAGUCACAUCUCUAGGCCCCUCUUAUAUUAUUGCUUUCUAUUUUGAUUUU